AUGAACUUUUCCACCUUCAGUCUCGCUGGUGCCCUCGGUCCGCCUUCCCCGUCUCCUCUUGCCGGUGACCCCUACAAUCCGACUCUUGACUCCAUCGCAUUCCACGAGCGAUUUUCGUACUCCAUCCCUGGAAUAUCCCCAUAUCAUUUGCCUUCUUACCCCACAAUCCAUUACGCGCCAACCAUCGAUAAUCUUUAUGAACCGGCCUCACUCAGCACAGGUUCAGGGCCUAUCGAUGCUUCCCUUGCCUCCUCACCUGACCGUGAAUCAUCGCCCCCCCUCCCACAUGGUGGUGCCGUCCAGUGCCGCUACGACCGAGCGACCGACAACGCCGACAACAUUCACUUCCUUACCACUCCCUCUCCACGAUCAACCGACACCACUCUCGCAGCUUUGUCUGACCAUGUGUCAUCUCCCCUCAACCCCACUAAACAACUACUUCAAUCUGAAUACGCCUCACAGACACUCGACGAGCCGCGUUCCCACUUCCUUUCCACAACCGAAAGGCGCACCCGCCGUGACAACGCCCUUAGCGCCUUCUAUAGGUCGUCGUGUGUUCGUUUCCUUACCGACUUCCUCCUAAACCCCAAGCAUUGGAAAGAUAUCGUCGCCGCUAAUCCCGGUCUAGGCCCGUGCUCUGCCCCCCAGUGUGCUUCCAAAGAAGUCUUGUGCCUUCCGUCAGACGUUUUGGGGUGCACCAAUUGUGUCCGUCUUGGCCUGACUUGUUCUCAUGUCGACACUUGCCUUAUCGUCUUCAUUUCCGCCAAAGCGAACAUCGACACGGCCUUAGCUCGGAAAUUCCUGGACGCGUUGGCCAUUCAGAAAGAUAGCGCACUCGCUGCUAAUUCAAGGACACAAGGUGGAAUCACACCACUUUUACACUAUGUCUCUGCCUUGGAAGAUUACUUAGAUUCGGCGAAAGACCGGCCCGAGACGCCGCCGCCUGCAAACUUGGCCCUUAACCUGCGCAAGGCUAUCUUUAUUGCUACAUUCGUUAGAACCGCUGAUGUCGCUCGCGUGAACGCUCAACAGGGAAUGCUCCAUGAUAUCGCCCUCAUUCUCAAGCACGCUGCCACUGAUCGCACCUUAUCCGCCGAACAAGCUGUCCAGCAAAUUGUUUCUCUGUUCCGAACUCGCCCUUUCUUGUCCCAUCCCUGA